AUGAGCUCCAGAGGUCACAGCACGCUACCGCGGACUCUCAUGGCUCCUCGGAUGAUUUCCGAGGGCGACACAGGAGGCAUUGCUCAGAUCACCUCCUCUCUCUUCCUGGGCAGAGGCAGUGUGGCCUCCAACCGGCACUUCCUCCAGGCUCGUGGCAUCACCUGCAUCGUCAAUGCAACCAUCGAGAUCCCCAAUUUCAACUGGCCCCAAUUUGAAUAUGUUAAAGUGCCUCUGGCUGACAUGCCUCAUGCCCCCAUUGGACUGUACUUCGACACCGUGGCUGACAAGAUCCACAGUGUGAGCCGGAAGCAUGGGGCUACGUUGGUGCACUGUGCCGCAGGGGUGAGCCGCUCGGCCACUCUGUGCAUCGCUUACCUGAUGAAAUUCCACAACGUGUGCCUGCUGGAGGCGUACAACUGGGUGAAGGCCCGGAGACCUGUCAUCAGGCCCAACGUAGGCUUCUGGCGGCAGCUGAUAGACUACGAGCGCCAGCUCUUUGGGAAGUCGACAGUUAAAAUGGUACAGACACCUUAUGGCAUAGUGCCAGACGUUUAUGAGAAAGAGUCCCGCCACCUGAUGCCUUACUGGGGGAUUUAAUGCCACCACCGCCCCGUGAGCAGUACCAGCAUCUGCCACACACCAUCUGCUCUCCUCAUCAUCUUUCUUUUCAAAUGGUUGACUUUUGGUUCUCCCUCCAGUGUUUCUACACUAUAGGUGUUCAGGUUUAUUUUAAGAGACAGGGAAGGGUGGGAAUAAGGGGAAUGCAUUUAUUGCUAGUAACAUUUUUAAAACCAGCAUUUUGGAAUAGCCUUUAUGAAAAUCUUUAACUGGCUCUUAAUCAUUUUUAACAAUUUAAACAGUUUAACAAACUGGUUCUGCUCUACCCUGAAUUUCAUGCCUUUUGGCACCAUGGCAGGUGCAGGAGGAGCUCAGUGCAAAAAUCACUUUGGGUCCCGAUUAACCCUUUAGAGACAAGCUUUGCCCAAGGCUGCAGACCAGAUGCUUAGGGAAGAUUAAUACCAGCUGCUGUCUCUACUGGAUUAGUCCUCUUCUAUACUUUCACCUCUAUGAUUUAGUGACUCUGUAAGUUAAAAUAAAUAAGCCUUUAUUAUUUAGUUGUUAAGUAAUUACAAUGAAGUCUGCUACAAAGAUCUUCUCGGAAUCAAUGUGCCCCAGGAUUAUAUUAGCAUUAUUUUUAAUAAAUAUAUCUGCUUACCAUA